CAGCCUCUGGAGGGUGCAUUUGUAGGCUGCGUACGUCAUUAAGACUGUCUAAUGUUAGAAUAUUAACAAUUAUAAAGUUUACUAUUCUUCUUAAUCAAUCGUAAAUUGUUGUAAUAUGCAUAUGACUUGCAAAUGUAAUGCUCAGUUAACUGAAAUAAACCAGGCUUGAUGACGAAUGUAGCCUGCAUAUGCGACCUCCGGAGGCUGCAGCUUUAUUUCGGAUUGAGAAACGGUCCAUAUCACGUCAACCUGAGCUGACUGCACGGCAGGCCAAAACGACCGCCAGGUCACCGCCGCUGUCAGAUGCUGCCAGUGUGUGUACAUUCAUAGAAAAUAAUGUGUUUUAUUUUUAGAUAUGCGACCGCAUCAGAAGUUACAUGUAGAAGCAAAAACGUAAGUGAAAUUUGUACUGUUGGUAGUGCUAGAGGGUUUCAUUCAUUACAGUAAGCAUAAGAUUGAUACAGAGCACUAGAAAUUUUAAACAUUUGCCACAUAUACUAUCUUUCUCUUUCUUGCAUGUAAACUAUGUGGACAGAUUUGGCAAAGGGCUUCUAAUUUCAUGCAGAACAACACUGUGUUUAUGGUUAAAUACAGCACGUUCCCUGUCAUGUUUUGAUAUGUGGUUACAGUCCCUCCAAAUGAUUUGUGGCUUUGUAGAGGUUUACACUGAAACCACAAUUACAUUGUUUGUUAUUUUGUUUUGUAUUAGUUUUGGUCUUAGUUCGGCUCACACAUUACCAAUAAGCAAUGUUUCAAUUAAUAUAUACAGCUUUUCUAUCACAAUGCACAUAUAUUAAAAUCAAUCCUCUUUCUUCUUUUCCCAGAUUGACCGACCCUCAAAAUGACACGUUAUUUGAGAGAGGUGCUGAAAGAGUAUAUGACAGAGCAGUGGGUUCGAAAGAGCCGCCUAGUGAACAAAGAUGGCCACUGCAACAUUGAGUACGGCAACGUGAUGCACACAAAUCGCUUCGCCUACCUCCUAGACAUAUGGACCACCUUUGUGGAGACCCGAUGGCGAUUUGUGAUCUUGCACUUUGUGGCUUCUUUCACACUCAGUUGGUUCGUAUUCGGCCUGGUUUGGUACUGGAUCGCCCGAAACAACGGUGACCUUUCGUGGCAAGAUCCACCCAAGGAACACAUAUCAUGCGUGGCGAACGUCAGAUCCAUGACCAUGGCUUUUCUCUUUUCAUUGGAGACCCAGACCACCAUUGGCUACGGCAACAGAUACAUCACAUAUCUCUGUCCCGGAGCCAUCGCGCUGCUCAUAAUUCAGUGUCUUAUUGGCGGAAUUAUCAACUGCUUCUGGUGUGGUGUGAUCAUGACAAAGAUCUCCCUACCCAAAAAGAGAGCCAAGACAAUAAUGUUCAGCGAGUCUGCAGUGAUCUGCCCCAAAAAGGGCACACUCAGCCUUCAGAUCCGCGUGGCCAACCUUCGCAAGACCCUGAUGAUCGGCAGUCAGAUUUACGGCAAACUGCUGAGGACGACGGUCACGCAGGAGGGUGAAACUAUCAUCCUGGACCAGGUCAACAUUGACUUCACGGUGGACGCUGGCAUGGACAAUCUGUUUUUCGUGUGUCCGCUGACCCUGUACCACGUGAUCGAUAAAGCAAGUCCAUUCUAUGAAAUGGCGGUGGACACUUUACGUCAGCAGGAGUUUGAGCUUGUGGUCUUCCUGGAUGGCACGGCCGAGUCCACCAGCUCCUCCUGCCAGGUCCGGACUUCUUACAUCCCCCAGGAAAUCAUGUGGGGUUACGACUUCCUCCCUAUCAUCUCCCGCACCACAGAGGGAAAAUACCGCGUGGACUUUUCCAACUUCUGCAAAAUGGUGGCCGUGCCAACUGCCCAUUGCUCUCGUUGCUACCACAAUGAGGCAGGGCAUCAUCACCACUCGAUAAAGGGCAUUGACAACCAGGGCUUUGAGGCGAUUGACAUCGAUGUACCAACCAAUACCAAAAUGUAAAGCUCGGUUGCUCAUUGAUCAACUGUACCUUCUUGUAAUGUCACUAUCUUGCACAAUAUCAGAUGCAUAUGACAUUGAAUCAGGUGCUAAAACAGAAUGCAUCU